ACGCUGGAACGUCAACAACAUAUCAAGUCAGAUCUGAGCGCGAAAUAAUAAUAAUGAAGAACUAUAUAGUAUUUUUCGGACUUUUGUUGAUUUUACACCGAAGUUUGUGCUCUAAUGACAGACUAGAAGGUAUAUUAACUGGAUAUGGUCAACUGAUUGCAGCUAAGGAACAGGAACUACAAAUACUGGAAUCACAGAUUUCCGACACUUUAAAAAAAUUGAAUGACAUUAAGUUAAAUAAUGUGGAUAUCUUGGAGAUGGAUCGAAUUAGGAAGGAACUAAUACAAAAAGAGGAACAUCUUCGGGUCUGUGAAAACAGCAUUAAGAAUGAGGAAAGCAGUUCUGCAUUAUGGAACACAAUGAAAGAAAUAGUAAAGCCCAAGCUGGAGCAAAAAUUAAAAGACUUCAAAUCUGAAGAUCUGGUUACCAACGUAACCACCACAUGGGAUACAAUAAAGAAUAACUGGAAGGAUAUACCUCGUCAGAUUGUCAUAUAUUUCACUGAGAAUUAAAAAAACCAUUUGAAU